UAUGCCGGCACGGUUCUCAUCUCAUGAACGUGCUGAAAGCUCUCGCCUGGGCAAGUCCCGAGAGGAAGGCGACACUGACGACACACCAAACAUCAGUGUGGUCUCCGAACUUGAUCCCCCUCCCGUCCCGGCCAUAGACGGUUGGAUACCCACACCCCCGCAGUCACAAUCGCCUUCAUACCUCGACGCGCAGUGGACUCCUGACGGCGCGUCAAUUCGGAGCGGCGCGUCCUCCCGUUCUGAGUCUCGGCACUCGCCUUCAUCCUCUCUCAGCGGCCUAUCAUACCACACGCACUCGUCUGCACUAUCCCUCUCUCUUUCUGCACAACUCUCCGUUGUAGAAGACGCCCCAGACUUUGAUCCCCCAGAAUAUUGCAGAGGGGAUCGUGGGAAGAGCGGCCCGACGCUGUACACCUUCACACCGACGGCGGGGAACGCGGUUACGCUUCUGCCACCAAUAGGCGCAUCGGACGAACUCCCGCGCUUCCAUAUUGUUGUUAACCAGAACGUGUUCAACCCGCUUGUGCAUUGCACGACUGUGUAUCGAGGGGAGGUGGAGGCGGGAAAUCGGGUUGGGUGCUUCGGGUUGGGAAUAUCGAACAUCCCAGGGCGCGUGCGCAUCCACGGAAAGGACACGCCGAUAAAGACGAUGCUGGUGAAGUCGGGCUCGCGCGAGACUGCCCAUUGGAUGUGGAUACCGCCGUAUGAGCGAAGUUCACAUUUGUCAUGGGAUUAUGGGAAAACGCCUGCUAUGUGUAAGACGAAAACCCCGAACACUGGGAUAGUUGUUCUCGCGAAGUACACACCUGCGAAGUGGUUGACAAACCCGAAGAAGGACGGUAGCGUCGAGGAGGAAGAGUCGUUUUCGAUGCUGGAAGUUACCCGUCGUGGACAAGAGCUCUUUGAGGACCUCUUGAUUUCUUUGCUUAUUAUUGAGCGGAAGAGAAUGAUACCGGCAAGGGACUCUCAUACCAAGCCACUAUUCAAUUA